GGCUUUACAUCCAAAAGUUGUGCUCACAAGUUUAAGGCUUGGAACCAUUGCUAAGUGAUUAAGUGAGUGUCAUUUUAUAAGUUGGUUAAUAAAAAUUAAACUGUAUAUUAUAUAAAAUGAUAUUUUUAGCUUAGGAUGGAGAGAGAGAGAGUUAGGGUUCGAGACAGGUUUCCGACAGCCAGGGACAGCGGAAGUGGUUUCCGGCGGCGGCGGCUUCCAGGAUACGGUAAGCACUUCCUUGGGCAGGUGACGACAUAUUUUGUUUAUGAUUUUCCGGCGAAUCGUUCAGCUAAGGAUUUGUGGUAUAGUUUUUGGUCCUACGGGAAAGUAGCAGAUGUUUAUAUUCCAGACAGGAGGGAUCAGAGAGGGCGUCGUUUUGGAUUUGUUCGGAUGGCUGGGGUUCUUGAUGCCAAGGAUAUGGAAAGAAAGUUGAAUCAGAUUUGGCUGGAUUCGUAUCGGUUGAAGGUAAAGUUGGCAGAAAACAUGAAAUCAGGGAGGGAAGGGAUGGCCAGAGGACGACAGCAAAAGCAGACAACAGCGCAGUGGGUCAGACGAGAUAGAAAGGUCUCUCCCGGGUUUACAUAUGCACAGAUUGUGGCUGGGAAAACUAAGGCAUAUGAUGAAGGGGAGUCGCUGAACCAUGUUGUGGGGAAGAAAGUGGCUGGGUUAGCAAUGACGGGUGCAAUGUCGAAAGACUUGGCAGUGAUACCAGUCUCAAUUCCUGAUCAGGCUUCAACUUCAGUGAAUGAUGCUAAUACUUAUGAGCCGAAGGAGUUGGUUCUGCAGUUCUCUCCCAGGGAGGAUGAAGUUGCAUGGUUGAGGCAAAGUAGAGUGGCACUGGUUCGGUCAUUGGAUAUGGUGAUGAAAAUACAAAAUAGACUGGACGUAGAUGGUAUAUUGGUGAAUGUUUCUCUGUUAGGGGGAAGACAUGUUUUGUUAAUGGAUAAUUCAGAGGGUUGCUUAGAAGAGUUUAUUGAUAAAAACAGGGAGUUAAUGGAGUCUUGGUUUGAAUGGAUGCAGCCAACUUCGGUCUCUACUAUGCCAUCGAGAAAUAGGUUGGUGUGGCUUCGUUUUAAUGGUGUUCCUUUGCGAGCAUGGAGUGAGAGGUGUUUCUUGGAGUUAGCAGGUCUAAUUGGGGAAGUAAUACUUGUUGAUGAUGAUACAAAAUCUAAAUCAUUCUUGUGUGAGGGUCGGGUUUUGGUGUUGUGUGAGGACAACACGAAAAUUUCACAGAAUAUCACUCUAAUGGUGGAUGGAGAGUCUUUUCUGAUCAAGGUAGCAGAGGAGGAGUGGCGUAUGGAUCCGGACUGGUGGCUGGCCGGUGAACGGAGGAGUUCCGGCACGAGUUUGGACGGGUCCGACAGUGAGUCCGAUAACCCAGCUGACCGUUACAGUGAAGGUGAUGAUAUUGCUGUUAUGGCCGAAGAUUACGCAGAAACGGAAGCAAAUUCAAAGCUGAGUUUAAAACAGAACGCGGUUGGGAAUUUUGAAUUAAGUGGGCUAGAGAUGGAUGGGCUGGGCAAUGUGGGCUGGGUUGGGCCACGGGUUUGUGAGGUUGAGGAGCUGGAUGCAACAAAUGGGUCUUGUGAGGGGCUUAGGCCUGCUGGAGUGCAUCAGAAGGGAGCAGCUGGGUCGGUUAAAAAAUGUAAGAAAUUGGGAGAUAUUUAUGCUGGGGAAGGGGUAAAGGAGGAACCGAGGGAGAAGGGGGUGCAGUGGGUGACGGCAAGAACCAGAUGCAGGAAGGAAAGAAGGGAGAUAGCAAGACAAUCGGAGCAGGGGACAGCAUCACAGCAAACAGAUCUGUCAUUGUCCGAUGGCUGUAUUCAAAAUCGCAAUGCUUUGAUCCGGCAGCAACUGGAGUUGGAUGAGGUAAGAAGGAUGUUUGGUUUGGGGAAAAGAUUGGGGAUUCAGUGUCAGAAUAAUGAGGAAGAGGUGAUUUCAAGAUUGGCGGCAUUAGAAGGUCGAGAUGAAGCCAAUUUUAGAAGUUUGGGUUCUGGGUUGAAAAGGAGGGAGAUUUUUAAGUUAGUAAAGAAGGAGAAUUCUGAUUUCUUGUUUCUUCAAGAAACGAAAUUGGAGGAGGUUGAGGAGUCUUUGUGUCGGGCACUGUGGAAUUCUGAUAAUUUUGAUUGGAUUAUGCAGAAAUCAAUGGGUAAUUCGGGGGGCAUGUUGUGCAUUUGGAAUAAAAGUUGUUUUAUUAAACAAGGUGUGAUUGAGGGGGGCGGUUACAUUGGGGUUUCCGGGGAAUGGGGUAAGGAGAGGAAAAAAUGUAAUGUAAUCAAUGUGUAUGCUCCAUGUGAUAGGCAUAGGAAGGUCUUGUUGUGGGAGGAGCUAGCUGGACGAGUUUUAGAAGAGGGUGGGUGUUGGCUGUUAGUGGGUGAUUUUAACGCUGUCCGGAAUGUAUCAGAACGAAGGGGUAAGAGGGGGGAGACGCAGGAUAUGCAGGAUUUUAAUCACUUUGUGGAAAGCACGGGGUUAAUUGAUGUUGGCUUGCGAAAUAGAAAGUUUACAUGGUAUAGACCAGAUGGAUCUUCCAUGAGUAGACUUGACAGAUUUUUAAUGUCUACAGAAAUGAGUCUAUUGGCCACGGAUUGGGUUCAAGAAGGUGUUGCAAGGUCAGUGUCUGAUCAUUGUGCAAUAAUUCUGAAGGCAAGUAACACAGAUUGGGGUCCAAAGCCUUUUCGGGUAAUGGACGCAUGGCAACAACAUCCAGAUUUCAGAAGUUUUGUAGAUGAUAAGUGGAAAAAUUUGCAAGUUGAAGGAUGGGCGGGUUAUAUAUGCAAGCAGAAGCUGAAGCUAAUGAAGGAUGAAUGUAAAAGGUGGAAUAACGAAGUUUUUGGUAAUGUGGAGACUCGAUGGGGGAUAUUAUCAAAGGACAUUGAAGCGCUGGAUAUAAAAAGUGAAGAGAUUGAAUUAGAUGAGAAUGAGGUGUUAUUCAGAAGGGGGUGUUUUCAGGAGAUGUGGGAAAUUUCGAGGAAAAGAGAGGCUUUGUGGAAGCAUAAGUCAAGAAUUAAUUGGAUUCGGCUUGGGGAUGCAAAUACUACUUUUUUCCAUAGGUGUGUUCAUGCACGGAGGGCACAAAAUGCAAUGUCAAGUAUCUUAGGAGAGGAUGGGUGGGUUGAGGAGCCAAGUAGGGUGAAAGAAGAGGCAGUGAAGUAUUUUAGUCAGCUGUUUCAUAAUGAACAGUGGAAACGGCCAGUGUUGGGAGGAGUGCAUUUCAACAGAAUCUCAGUUGAACAAAGGGAGUGGUUGGAACGUCCUUUUUCAGUAGAGGAGAUUGAAGAGGGACUACAGAGCUGUGAUGGGGCGAAGGCGCCAGGUCCAGACGGGUACAAUUUUAAUUUUUUAAAAUUUGCCUGGAGUACUUUAAAAGAGGAUUUUGUGAAGUUUUUGUUAGAAUUUCACCAACAUGGGAGGUUAGUAAAAGGAUUAAAUUCCUCUUUUUUGGCUCUAAUUCCUAAAAAGGUCAAUCCAGUGCAUUUUAAGGAGUAUAGACCCAUUAGCUUGAUUGGUUGUUUAUACAAAUUACUGGCAAAAAUUUUGACGAAUCGAUUAAAAAUGGUGAUGGCAGAUAUUAUUAGUGAUUCACAGUCAGCUUUCGUUGGUGGUAGGCAACUAGUAGAUAGUGUGCUGGUCUUGAAUGAGGUGGUAGAUGAGGUGAAACAGAGAAAACAAGAGAGUUUUAUCUUUAAGGCUGAUUUUGAGAAAGCUUAUGAUUGUGUAGAUUGGAACUUUCUUGAUUGGAUGAUGGAUCAAAUGGGGUUUGGAGUUCGGUGGAGAAACUGGAUUCAUGAAUGCCUUUCGACAACCCGUAUAUCUAUUUUAAUUAAUGGAAGUCCGACAAAGGAGUUCUCGGUUGGCAAGGGUCUUCGUCAAGGUGAUCCCUUGUCUCCAUUUUUGUUUUUGUUAGUAGGUGAGGGGUUGUGCGGUAUGGUUAGAAAAGCAGAGGCAGAAGGGCUUUUCCGAGGAGUCAAGAUUGGAGAGGGUGGUAUGGUUGUGUCCUUACUACAGUUUGCGGAUGAUACUGUUUUUAUGGGAAAGGCAGAGGUAGAAAAUUUAAGGACUGUGAAAGCUAUUCUACACUGGUUCGAAUUAAUUUCGGGUUUGAAGAUCAAUUUUUGCAAAAGUCAUUUGUAUGGGUUUAAUGUUACAGAAGGGUGGUUAAAGGGAGCAGCAGAUAUUUUGCAUUGUAAGAUUGGAAUGGUGCCGUUUACUUACCUUGGUUUGCCGGUGGGAGGAAUUUCGGGGAGGAAAAAGUUUUGGGUUUCUGUGCUGGAUCGUUUUCGGAAUAAGCUUGCCGCCUGGAAACGUUCACUGCUGUCCUUUGGAGGUCGAAUUACUUUGCUCAACUCGGUACUUUCUGCUCUUCCUAUUUUUUACUUGUCGUUAUUUAAAAUUCCAAAGUGUGUUCUUGCUGAAAUAGUUAAGAUUCAGAGAGAUUUCUUUUGGGGUGGAACAAAUUUGGAGAGGAAAAUUGCAUGGGUAAGUUGGGAUCAUAUUUGUGUGGAGAAGGAGAGAGGGGGUUUAGGAGUGGAUGAUUUAAAGAGGAGAAACUGGGCUUUAUUGGGUAAGUGGUGGUUUAGGUUAGGUGAUAGUCUUGGGGGAUUAUGGAAGAGGGUGAUUUGGGAGAAGUAUUACGAGGGCCGAAAGGAAGUUGAUAUUACUUCUUUUAGCUCCUUGCAUAUGUCUCGAGUGUGGAAGGACAUUGUGGGUGUUGGUAGCCAGUCGGAGAGGUUGGGUUUAAUGCUGGGAAAAGGCUUUAAAUGGGAGAUUGGUGAUGGAAGUCGAGUGGCUUUUUGGGUUGAUAAGUGGGUUGGUGAUAAACCUUUAAAGGAUAUAUUUCCGAGAUUGUAUGCGUUAUCGUUGAACAAGGAGGGGCUGUUGAAGGAUAUGGGUUUUUGGAGUGAGGGCACAUGGGUAUGGGAUUGUAGAUGGCGACGAAGCUGUUCCGGGAGGGUUGGUGAGGAGGAAGAAAGGUUUAGGGGGAUUAUUAAUAAGAUCAAGAUAAAGGAGAAUAAAGAUGAUUCAUGGAGAUGGGCGCAUAGUACUGAUGGUGUUUAUUCUGUUAAGGAGGCAUAUGGUUUUUUAGCUCCUAAGGAUGAUCUUUUGGCUGAGAAAUGGGUGAGAAUCGUCUGGUCCCAGUCCCCUCCUAGAUCAAUGGUAAACUACAUGUAAUUCUUUGCCAUUCUCAUUAUACUUGACAAGCAAAAGAAAAAAUGUUGAGACAUUUUGUUGUUGGAAAAUGUGUAGUGAAGGUGCUAAGAUGUGAUUUGUUUAAGACCAAGCUUAUUAGCAAACUUACUCUAAGAAAUUUGUUCUUUUUAA